CCUCUAUGCUGUCAACGCAAGCAUAUCGCUCCUUAGGUAUAUAGGGAACGUAUAGGCAUUGAGGGAUCACAACAUACUCGGCUUCAGCAUGACACAAAAGUUUAGUCUCGUGAUUGUGGCAGGCGUGGUCGCCCUUGCAACUUGCGAUGUUGCUCCUCUGCAUCUUCCGAAACCUCUGAUUCAUCCUCCUCCAGGACUUGUACACCAUGGUCAUCCUUUACACCAUGCCUCCCCCUUGCCCCACAUUGCCCCUGCACAUCACGCAGUCCCUCUGCACCCCGACCACAAACGUCCACCUGCCUAUCCUCUUUCCUCUCCUGUCUACAACUUCGACCACGUCGUCCGCGAUGACUCCGCCGGCACCCACUUCGGCCACUCGGAGGCUCGCGACGGCUACAAGACGGAGGGCAAGUACUUCGUGCACCUCCCCGACGGCCGCGUCCAGACCGUCAGUUACCAUUCGGACGAGAACGGCUUUCAUCCCACAGUCACCUACGAAGGAUUAGCUCACCACGACUCACCCGUUCCGCUUCAUGACACCCCUACGCCAGCCUAUCAUAUCACCCCUACGCCAGGCUACCAUACACCUACGCCAGGAUACCACACUCCUAUACCAGCUUACCAUACCACCCCUACGCCAGGCUACCACACCCCUACGCCAGGCUACCACACCCCUACGCCAGGCUACCACACUCCUACCCCAGCUUACCAUACCACUCCUACGCCAGGCUACCACACUCCUACGCCAGGCUACCACACCCCUACGCCAGGCUACCACACUCCUACCCCAGCUUACCAUACCACUCCUACGCCAGGCUACCACACUCCUACGCCAGGCUACCACACUCCUACGCCAGGAUACCACACCCCUACGCUAGGAUACCACACCCCUACGCCAGGAUAUCACACCCCUACCCCAGCCUACCAUCCCACCCCUACGCCUGGCUACCACACCCCUACGCCAGGCUACCACCCUCCUACCCCAGCCUACCAUACCACUCCUAUACCAGGCUACCACACCCCUACGCCAGGCUACCACGGACCCGAACCAGCAUAUCAAGCUCCCAGACCAGGAUACCACGUUCCUACACCAGGCUACUACACCCCUGCCCCAGAGUACCUUAUUCCUAGGUCUUACUACGGUAAAUCCACGCCGAAAUACGGAACCCUGAAGCCAAUUCUCCACCUCGCACCCGUGGACCAUAUUCCUAGCCCUGUUUACUUCGAUCCGCUGCCUCUUCACCAUGACUAA